AGGAGACAGUACUCUUUGUUUACACAAAGAGUUCAGGUCUGUCCUCUGGUGUCCUGGAGUUUCUCACGUCUGGGCGUGAAGAGGAGAAUAUCCUUUGAUGUGAGGUAAUUAACAAAGAGGGAGGUCAGUUGCAAUGAUUACAUGUGGGCGGGGGGCAGUUUAGGGUUUCCUCCCCUCUUUCCAAAAGAGUUCUGAUAGGCUGUUUGUAAUCUCUGGUUAGUGUUUCUUUGUCAUUUUAACAGUCAGGCACCGAGCCUUAUCUGGCUGCGGCACCAGAGGUGGCAAGUUUUAUGAUCGAACUGCCCAGAAACAGCACUUAGGGAAAACAAACCUUUCACCUGCUCCUUUGGUUGCUUCAGCUGUCCGUAGAGGGUUGAUAUCUCAAACCCCCUCCUUUUCUUUCUCAGAGAGAGAGAGAGAAGGAAAUUUGAGUCUCCAAAUUAUUUGAUAUAAAAUGCACAAAUCCACACAGCAAACAGCAAUAAUAUUAGAAAUUAUGAUUAUACAUUGCAAAUUUAAGUAAUAGAGUCAAAAUAAAUACUUAUAUACAUCUGUACAUAUAUAUAUAUAAUAUAUUAUUAUAUACAUAAUAUAAUAAUGUUAUAUUAACAAUAACAAAAAUGUAAUGUAAAUUUAAAAAAACAAAACAAACAUAUUAACAUACUCCAAAUGAAAAUGUCAGAGAAAGCAGUAUUAUCAAAACCAAAAUAUGAUAUAGUGAUGUAGACAGCCUUGGCAAGUAAAUAAAAAGGGCAGACACAAACACAUAAAUAAAAUAGAAUAACAAUAAAUAAGUACAGAUAGACAGAUUUUUCUAAUUAUAUUAUUAUAUUUAUUUAUUUAUAAUAAUAAUUAUUGCUGUACAUUUGUUAUUAGCUCGUGCUUUGAUGUAAAAUACUAGUGUGUAUUAAAUAAUUUCCUUCUAUGUACAUUUCAUUCUGACUCAUUAAUUUUUGCACUAUUCACAGUACCACUCCACAACCUUUCUUCUUACUCUGGCGCAUGUGUAGUGGAAAUGGUUCCUGUUUAGGUGUAGUGCUUUGUGUAAGCAUAACUGUGUGUCCUCACUGCUCCCCGUCAGACCAUCACGGUAUUUGUAUGGACACUUAAUCUCAACAGCUGCUUUCCCACAGCAGGUACAGUGUGCCAUUCCAUCCUGCGAUGCCCCAAGAUGUGGUUUGUCAGGCCUCACAACAAGACACAGAAAACAGAGUUACACAUUAUUUCUGUGUAUUGUCUCCUGGCUGUGUCCUCUAUAUCUCUUCCCCAAAGUACUGCUGGGACAUGGGAUAAGUCCUGAUUGCUGUAGUGCAUAACCUGUCGUACAAGGUUUGUUUUUGCCUUUUUGGUUUUUACAGUGCAUACAUGACGUAAGGUUGUGCUUGUUAUCCUGCCAGUUCUGUGUGUGUGCCAGGCCUGAGAGUGGGACUGAUUUCUAGUCGUAAGCUCAAGGUUUACACACUGCUCAUUAGUUAAUUCUCGCCCCAGUUUUGCAAAGGUAUCUUCACUUCUCUCUUGCAUUUUAUUUGGGCAGAGGCAUCUCAGAGUGGCAGCAUACAGAGCUAACAGUGGCUCUGGCAGGUCUCCGGUCUCUGUGAUUUGGAUGCAGAAUCAGUGUCACUGAAGUCCAUGCUAGUGAGCACAGCUGCGUUAGGUGCCAAGACUUUCAGAUCUGAUAUGUCUUCAUCUGUCAGCUCUAAAUACACAAUAAAAUAUAUGUUAGAUAUCUUAUUUUAAUUCAAAUUGCAACCACAGCUGGUUACAUCUGUUAUAAUAGUACCUUGGCACUCGUUAUAACUUUUUUAUAUGAAUGAUAGUAAUGGCUUAAUAAAAAGUCAUAAAUAUAAGGUUAUAAAUAUAAUUUAUACCUGCUGCUUGUUAUAUGUACAUGGCCUGAUCUUGUCUAAAUUCAGAUUGCGUCUACCUUUGACAUUGCUCUUUCUUACGCUUUGCUCUGGCUGGCUGCAGUUGGGUGUCUGACCUCUUAGGCUUUCUGAAGCUGAUCUCACUCAGUCUACCUGGCUUCACCUCUCUCUUGGAUGUGUGGAGCCAUAUUUGUCCCUGAAGUACAACAAUUCUCCAUCUUUCCCAUCCUGACCCACAGCUCAACUUUAAACAUAAGGGCAGCUGCAUGGCUGCAGCAUCACCCUAACCUGCACAACAUUUAUUCCUAGCUAUCUAAUGAAUGAAACACAUUGGUGUAAGUGGUGCUUUAGGCUAUCCAUGUCAAUAACAACAGCUGGAUGAUUUCAGAAAAUAAGCAGUGAAAUUGAGUUGGAUUAUCUUCCUGACAAAUACUGGAUUGGAUAAAUAAUAAUAAAAUGUAAUACAUUUACAUUACAUUUAGCUGACACCUUUAUCCAAAGUGACGUACAAUUGCUAUAUAUGUCAGAGGUCGCACGCCUCUGGAGAAACUAGGGGUUAAGUGUCUUGCUCAGGGACACAUUGGUGGAUGUGUCACAGUGGGGAGUUGAACCCAGGUCUCCCACACCAAAGGCAUGCAUCUUAUCCACCACUCCAUAACCAAUAUAAUUUCAUAAAUGUCGUAUGUUACAUACCCAGCCAUACUGGUGCAGUCUGCAGUCAGAAUACAGUUGUUGGUCUUGUUGACGAUAACCCAGGCCUUGUACUACUCCGUCUUCUUACCCUGUCUUUGGCUAGGCAGAACCUCUGUCUUACCUCGUAAGGAAGGCUUUUUCCCCCCCUUCUCUUAUCUAGGGCCUGUGUUAAAUUUUUUCUCAUAAUACUAUCUUCCUCCACACUUGAGGCAGAGACACGAAGGAAAUCCUCCCCGUCGCUUUCCUCUUCAAAUAGUUCAAGGAUCCGUCGACGUUCUCUGUCCAUUUCCUCGGCUGUGCGAUAGCAUGGUUUGAGUUGGGCCACGUUAACAACACUUAAGUCUUCUCCAGUAUUCUCUAGGACCACCUCAUAGUUUAAGAGGCCAGUUUUCCUGGUAACACGAUAAGGACCUCUCCACCGUGGUGCCAGUUUGACUUAUCAGCCUUGGAGUAAGGGUGAGUACCGAGCCAGACACGAUCUUUGUCUGAAAAAUCACAGUUUCUCCUCCCUUUGACAUAGUUUUUCUUUUGCCUUUGUUUUGCUUUUUCCAGGUUGCCACUUACAAGUUUCUUGAACUCUGCUAUCUGGUUAGCAGUAGCAUAUGCAGGUGUAUCAGGAUCACAAAGCUGUGGCUUGAGCUCAGCAUCCAAGGGGCCUUUCAGAAGAAGCAUGUGUCCUGUGGACACAUGCACUGCUGAGUUCAAUGCAAAACAGAAUUCAGGUAAGUAUUUCUCCCAGCUCUUGUGGUUUUCCUCCACAUAUGAAUUUUUUAGUUCCUGCCGGUGGUGAAGUUGAUCCUCCGCAAUUUUCUGAAGGUGUUGCUGAAUCCCAUAGCCAGAAAAGGUUUCCUCUAAGGCAGAAAUUUCAGGCCGAGGUCCUCCAUGACUAUUUCAACGGCGUUAAGGGAUGAGCAAGUUCAGAAAACACAGUGAGAUCCAUCUCCAACAGAGAGUAUGUUGUAGGAGGUAACUCCCGGGCCGGCACAACAUUGACAUUUGGCAGUAGUGACUACUGAUCCUCCUUCCAUUUCACACCACAAGGACUCUGAGUUAGCAGCCAUUUUGUAUGUGUCAGUUUUGUUUGUACCAAAAAAUAAAUAUAAGUUUUAUCUUCACAAUAGGUGUGCGUUUUUAUUUUUUGAGAUAUUUUGUCAUUCAAUUAUACUUUUCCAAGUCCCAUCUGGGGUGCCACUUUUUUAUCUGAGUUGCACAGUUACACCCUCCCACUGAAUGACCAUAAAACAAAGAAACACCACAAACUCAAAAGCUUAUCACAAAACAAAAUAUUGGUGUAUUUAAAGAUUUCACACAAAAACACAAUCACAAAGUAAAACACAAUCCAACUGUAAAUUCCACUUCGGGUUUUCUGCACACUUAAACCAAACAAUCUCAAAAACACAAAUCAGUUGCAAUUCAUUUCAAAAACACAAAGAUAAAUUGAGUCCAGUGCCAAAGCAAAAAAAGAUAAAUAAAGCUGGUUCAGUUUCUCAGGCACAAACAAAACGUCAUAGUACAGAAAAACGAGUCCAGUCAGUCAGUCCAGUCAGGUUUUUGCUGCUGGGUUGUGAAUGUUUUGUCUGUUUCCGCAAAUAACCUUGCAAGGCGAAUGUAGAAUGAUGAUCCGACGGUGAAGUGAAGUGUACAGGAUGGGCGAAUGGUUGAAAAGUCACAGAUGAAAAACGUUACCCAAGAGAUUUACUACCUUACUUUGAUUUUCUUCUUUCUGACAAAAUAAGAGCAUUUUGCUCCGGCCACUUCUGUCACUGCUCCUCUCCCAGUCUCUCCUUCCGACACACUGAUAUUUACCGGGAGGAGGUUAAUUGUCGCACUAUCCGGCAAUGAAUCAGUGUGGCUCAUUUAUAAAAUGGGCAUUUCUGGGGUUUUCCACAGUGGUGAAACCUGGUGAUUUGUACGAUUUCAACUUCUCCUGGGUAUAAACGCUUGGAGUGUCAAUCAGGUAAUUAUAUAUUUCUGGCCAUUGAAUGCUUGGCCAUUUUGUUUCGUCGUUUAACCAUUGACAAGGCGCUAUGGAAAACGGAUCUGUAAGACGUAUCCCACUCACUAACAUAAGUUUAGUUGAAUAACUUCUUGAAGUUGAAUAAAUUCUUAUCGCUGGGUGACAAGCUGUUGUAGUAUGCGGAGAACAUUUUAAAUAUGUACCAUCUAUUCAAUAUAAAAUGUAAUGUUUUGAUAUCUAACUACUAUGUAUAACUUAUCGUAUUAUUUUUGCUAGCUAACUCCUCUCUCUCUCGUCCGGGUUUUCUGCAACCAUGUUGUGCGCGCAUCCCUAAUGUUUACAAACAUAUAAUUGGCGUAUACUCUUCAGACCUUUUCCUAUUUGGCUGUUUCUUUGCCAUCUCUCAUUCUUCACGGUGCCUGGAAUCAAGCAUGUUUGAAUGUGCUGGUGUACAGAACUCUCUCCUGUCCACGAACACUUAAUGCCACCUGUUGCUGAUUGGCUGGAACCAUGUUGUUGGGAUGGUCUGCACCCCUUUCUUUCAUUUCCAUUUACAGAGCCAGGGCUGUGUAGGAAACCCAGAUUUUUUUUCAUAGUACACACCCAAAACUAUGAGCUAGCGAACCGUGUGGAAAUAUUCAAUGAAUUUAACAAAAAAAGUGACAGGAGCAUCUACAGCUUGAUCAGACAGAGGCUGAAAUGAAAAAUCAGUAUAAGAAAAAAAAUUUUUGAAUCAUGCAAAGCUGCCAUACAGGAGUCACAGAACUACAAUAUAGGACUGGAAAAGCAGUAUAAUAGGUCUCCUUUAACAUCUGCAGGCUGAGGAUGUUUUAUGAGCCUUAAUGUGCUAAAUUCUUUCCAAUACUGCAAUUUUUAAGGAUUUUAAUCCAUUCUUCCUCUCCACAUUCAGUGCUCAUUAUUACUACUAUUUAUCAUUACACUUCUGUCGUAUACUGUAAAUACUGUACAUUUUACUCUUUUUUAAAUAUUUUUUAUUUGUAUAUUUAUUUUUAGAUUUGUAUCUUCCUUAUAUUCUACUUACAAACGCCCUGUGAUUUCUGUUCCUUUAAUGCCUUGAUGUGCAAAUCAAGCAACUGUUACACAAGAAUUUCCCAUCGAGGAUCAAUAAAGUAUUUCUGAACCUGACUGGUAGAUCUUUCAUAUGUUUUGAUCUGUAAAUUGAACAAAAUCUGUUCCUUGUAACAUUUAACUCAUCUUUGGGAGACUAAAGAACCAGAGUUAACAGUGAAGCCAGCUGGUUAAAUCUCCAAUACUGUUUGUGUUUCCAACCAUUACACUGACAGAAUUUCCUCGGUUUUAUUGACAAAGUGGAAGCUAAACCCUUGAUAUUCUUGAAUGGGAUUAGAACCUCUCCUGAACAGCUGGACUACAACCAUUUUGGAGGUCUUCUUGUUGAAUUAAAGAACUAGCUCCAUGGACAGAACUUGCAUUGGUAAAGUAGCCACAGUAAGCAGAAAUGCACUUGAAUGCCAAAAUGUGAACCAGAAUUUGUAAUGCGCCGCCUGACCUGCAUAAACACUUCAGCUGCACCAAUCCAGCCACUUUCAGCACAUGUGGGUCUGUGUGGGGGUAAGGAUGUGGCUUUGUGGCUUCCUCUGUUUUUUAGUGACUAUUAUGAAACCCUUGCAACAACCUGAUUAGAUUUUUUUUUUUAUCAGCAGAUAUCGUAUGCAUAUACUUUUUUAAAACUUGCUAAAAGGCUGAGGACUUCCGCAAUAGUUUCAUAAGGGCUCAGCACAUUCAGGCUCAGGCUCACAUUCAGACACAAUGGAUGUAGGGGUUGUGAUCUACACGUUGUUGGAGGUGCUCAUUGCUGUUAGCUGCUGUCUUGGUAAUAUGUUGGUUAUUUUGGCACUGUGGACCAGUAAAAGCAUUCAACAACCUACCUUCUGCCUUAUUGUCUGUCUGGCUGUGGCUGACUUGAUGGUUGGCUGUGUGGCCAUACCGUUGGCUGUGCUGGUGGACGGACGAGUCAAGACUUCAUUCUAUGGCUGUCUCUUCAUCAGCUGUGUGGUCAUCCUGUUGACCCUGGUCUCAGUUUUGUCUCUUGCUGCUAUUGCGGUGGACCGAUUCUUCCGGGUCUAUAUCCCUCUCAGGUACAAAAGGACUGUAACACAGACACAUUCUUGGCUUGCGGUAGCAGCAUGUUGCCUUGUUGCAAUACCACUGAGUUUUGCUCCCAUGCUUGGAUGGCACAACCACGAAACUUUGCCCAACUCAGUCAACUCUACUUUUGUCUGCCAGUUUAUAUCAGUGAUCCCAAUGUCAUAUCUGGUUUACUUCAACUUUUUUCUUUGUACCCUGACACCCCUGUUGGUGAUGACUGUUUUGUAUGGGUAUGUCUUCUGUACUAUACGAGGAAACCUUCAACAGAAACCAGGUAAUGGUGUCCAAAAACAGUCUCAGAACUACCUAAGGAAAGAGAAACAGCUGGCAGCAUCUUUGUCUCUGGUCUUGGCUCUGUUUGCCCUGGCCUGGCUCCCUCUCCACAUAAUGAACUGCAUUGUUUACUUUGGUGGACCGAAUGAUGUACCAGAAAUAGCCUUCUACGUUGGCAUCCUGCUUUCUCACGCUAACUCAGCUGUAAACCCAGUUGUGUAUGCUUUCAAAAUACAAAAGAUCAGGACAGCAUACCUGAAGAUCUGGAGACGGUAUAUUGUACAUGGAGAAGAACAUCAAGGAUCUCAGAUAAGCCAGACGACAAACAACAAUCUCAGUAGUAACAUUAACAGUUGUCAAAAAUGAGUGAAAGAAGAUUUUCCUUGUUUUUGUGCUUCUUUGUUCUUAAUGGCUAUAUGACUAUACAGGCACUUUGUUUAAUUAUAAGAUUGAUACAACAUUUUCUUGAACUCAUCAGGAUGUUUUUUAAUUAGCUGUCUCAUAUUUUUAUUAUUAAUAGAAAUUCAGUUGAAGGUCAUAUUUUUUAAUGUAGUUAGAUAGAUAUGCUAUCAAAUACUUAUUACUUAUACUUUAUUUUUAUAGGUUUGUUGUUAGCUCUGUCAUAGUUGAGCCCAAUGCUCAGUUUUAAAAUGUCCUUUUAGCUAUAUUCAGUUUUGCAUUUUUUCUUCUGUACAUAUAUUUUUGCGAGAAUUUAGUUCGGUCUACUAUUGAUAGGUGUGUAUACAGUUUCCACGGCUGUCAGUGUUUAAGCUAAGCUGAGCUAAAUACUCUCUGUAUACUUUACUAUCUCUAUAUUGGAUGCACAAGAUGAUCAAUAUUUGUCUCACAGUAAAAAAAACAAGUGGACUGAAAUUUGUUCUAUUAAAGACGUAGUUUCAAGGCUAUCUGUCACAGUAACAGCUGUGACGUCAGCCUUUUGCUUGUGUUUUCCCUUU